UUGUUUAUGAACAAAUAAGUUGAGAAGAUAUCUUGAAAACAGAAGUGGUGUUUUGCAAAAAUGAAAAGCAACACUAAGGAAAAACUUAUAUUUAUCACGUGAGAAAACAAAGCUCCGCGUUAGCAUGGGGUCUGCUUCGUCAAGUGAGGAGGCUUCUACUCCGGCGGGGAAAGAUGCCGUAGCUAACGGUGAUGGCCCGCCAAAGGUCAAAGAGGACGACGGAAAAUUGGAUGUGGAGGCUUUCAGCAACUACAAAGACGAGAAUCCAAUCAUGCCAAAUGCCGUAGAGGAUGGCUAUCCAAAAGUAUCGCCUCCGCCAAAGAAGAAAGCGGAUAUAUUCACGGAGGAUGACAUGCCAGAACCCGACACGCAUGCGCACUCGAUAAAGCCUGAACCAAACCCUAUGUUGGAUGCCCUAGUGAAUGACCUCACAAGUCCCUUCUCAUCAGAUAUCAUAAAGGUUCGGGCAAUCUUUGUCUGGAUCGGGUUACAACCCUUCAGCAUGAUGAGGUACCCUCUGAAGUUGAAUCCUAAAUCUACGAUGGGUUACUUAAAACGUAUGGCACUUGGGAAUCUAUCUUACGCCGAGUUAUUUACCGUCAUGUGCAGGAUGGCGAAGAUCCCGUGUGUUAUGGUGUCUGGAGUCGCUAAAUCUAACGUGUAUGAAAUAGGUGACGAGGAUGUAGACAAUCUCCGAAACAUGUGGAAUGCAGUUUAUGUUAAGGGUGGCUGGAGGCUUGUUUUCCCAUUAUGGGGUCUGAAGGCGAUAGCUGGGAGAAGUACUGGGUCUCAUCCGGGGAGGGAUAUUGCACUUAAAGGUGAUGCUUUGAAGGAGAUGAUACUCGACGCUAUUAAUGAAUACUACUUUCUUACCGACCCGUCAGAAUUCAUAUUCAGGUGUAUGCCCGAUGAGGAAAAUUGGCAGUUGAUCAAAUCUCCUUACACUAAAACAAAAUUUGUAUCAGUGCCCCUUUUACGACCGAAAUUCUUCGAGUAUGGAUUAAAGCUGCAGGCCGGAUCACAGGAGGGUAUAAUUCUGUGUGAAGAGGGGCUGUGUGAGGUCAGGAUCAAUUAUUCCAAAACGUACGUACAGCUACUUCCGGUGUUGCUGUACUACGAUAGAGAGAACGGCGGAGAGCAUACAAAAGAAGACAGGCACACAGCCGUGAUAAUUGAAGGGGAUGUUGUUCGAUUUGUAAUGAGGCUCCCAAAAGGGGGAGUAUAUAAACUACAAAUAUUAGAUAUAUAUAGCGCGUGGGUGUGUUCUUUUAAAGUUAUCUGUGUUGAGCCAAGUGACAUGGGCCCAUUCCCCGUUGAGGCAGAACUCGGAUUUGGACCAUAUGGAGAUUUAAAACAAACUGUUGGGUUGGAGGCAAAAUCACAUCUCAAUGGUAUGGAGGUUAUCCAUACUAAUCAAGAGGUGGAAUUUGUAUUUUCCCGCGCCAGACCAAUGGAGUUCAUGGCAGAACUGGUUCACAAUGAGAUUUGGGAAGAGGACCUCGCGGACUGUGUCUCAUUUAAGUCCGAUAUGGGCCAGUUGGUGGUCAAGGUUAAGAUAGACAUUAAGGGUGAAUUUGUGCUAAUGAUACAUGCCAAGGAUGUGGGAUCAAAAGAUGACUUCGACAAUGUGGUGAAUUACCUUCUAAUUUUAAAGGAACCAAAAAAGAAAAAGCCGGGCGAGGAAGAAGAAAAGGAAACAGUAUUUAGUGGAAUGGACCAAAAAGUUCUCAAGAGUCUCGGUCUGGAAAAGGUUGUGAACAAGGGUAAAGGUAAUGAUGCAGCCAAAAACGAAGAGGAUGAUCGAAAGAGAAAGGAGAACAUUACAAAGAUGAAAAACAUGUCAAAGCCUUUGACGAAAGAGCAGAAGAGAGCACAGGAGUUAGCCAGUCUUAAGAAAGCCUUGACAGCAGCUAUAGACAGUAGAAAUAUUGACCAACUGGAAAGAGCAAUCGAGGACAGUAAGACGUACCCGGAACUCCAGGAGCAGGUGCACGAGGCGGAAGCCAAAUACACUGCUCUCCAGAAAAUGAGAAAACACUCGUCACAAGUGAUGGAUAUGGCGCAGUCUACGAUAUCCGAGAUACACCGAUACAAGGAGCCGACUACCGCCAUCCACGAGGUUAUGAAGGCGACGUUUCUACUUCUCGGAGAAAAUGAGAAAAGUACUGGAGGGAUCAGACCAUCAAAGUCUGUCAAGGAUUGGAUGCACGUCCAGAACUUGCUGAGAAAGACGGGAACUGGCAGCGUAAUCGGCCGAGUGAAGAAGUUUGACGCCCUGGCUGUCCCUCUGAAGACGGCAAAAAGGGUUCUCGCUAUACUAGAACCGUAUGACAGAUAUGAGGUCACGGACGCCAGUGCUGGAGCAGGGACAUUCUAUAUCUGGGCCAGUAACAUUGCCAAUGAUGUGGUUGCCAUACACACAUGACUUAACAUCAUCAUUCCUUUAGAAGUUUCGAAACAUACUUCAGUAGGUUGAACUCUUGAAAUUAAAGGAAAUAUGAAAGUUUCUACGAGUACGUAAUGGAAUCAUACACAGUAAUAUGUUAUUUCACCAUCUAUGUAUGUUCAUUUCAUUCUCUGUUUGUCCGUUGUCCGUAUAAUGUGACCGGGUGAGGUGUCCUGCUGAAAGUCGACAAUGAGGUAGCACGAUAUUCGACAUAUGUUUUGCGCUAUCACAAGGAGAAAAACACAACUAUGACAUAGCCUCUCAAAACACAACUAUACCAUAACCUCCCAAAACACAACUAUGACAUAGCCUCCCAAAACACGACAAUGCCACAGCCUCCCAAAACACAACCAUGACAUAGCCUCCCAAAACACAACUAUGUCAUAGUCUCCCAAAACACAAUUAUGACAUAGCCUCCAAAAACACAACUAUGACAUAGUCUCCCAAAACACGACAAUGCCACAGCCUCCCAAAACACAACUAUGCCAUAGCCUCCCAAAUCACAACUAUGUCUUAGCCUCCGAAAACACAACUAUGUCAUAGCCUCCCAAAACACAACUAUGUCAUAGCCUCCCAAAACACAACUAUGUCAUAGCCUCCCAAAACACAACUAUGCCAUAGCCUCCCAAAACACAACUAUGUCA